CAUAGUGACUGGCAGAUGUCUGCACGACGACGGCAAAGGUCUGGACUUUUCUUGUUAUUGUAAAAAUAUCGUUCCUGACAAAUUUCAACGAUUACAGCAAUGCUGGAAGACUCAGCACAAUCGUGAAGCUUGUCGUAUGGAGGUAUUCGAUCUCUGCGAUUCAGUUCGAGCGAGCUGGAGUGAUCUGAUGUUGAAACUGGCGCCAGGAAGCGAUGCUGUUGUCAACGAUGUGAAGGCAAGACAAGACCAUCACGUUGCAGGAGGUCUCUCAAGCGUUUUCUGA